AUGUUUAGAUCGCGAAAGCCGGCUUUGGACUUUGCAAUGCGCUUUUUUUCAUCCAAAUACGACAUCUCAGCGCAGAGAGACAUUGGUAUAAUAGCUCACAUUGACGCUGGUAAGACUACCACAACUGAACGCAUGCUAUAUGUCAGUGGGAAGACGAAACGCAUCGGGAAUGUAGACGAGGGUGAUACAAUUACGGAUUUCUUGCCGCAAGAACGAUCUCGAGGAAUUACCAUACAGAGUGCUGCGAUCUCUUUCAACUGGCAAAGCAAGUACAAGCUCAAUUUGAUAGAUACUCCUGGACACGCAGACUUCACUUUCGAGGUGAUACGAGCUUUAAAAGUUCUGGACGGGUGUGUAACAAUUUUGGACGCCGUAGCGGGUGUCGAGGCUCAAACAGAGAAGGUAUGGAAACAGGCCAAGGGAAUUCCUAAAAUCUGCUUUAUCAACAAAAUGGACCGUUCGGGAGCUGGUUUCAGUCGCACUGCUAAAGAGCUUAUGGUGAAACUCAAGACACGGGUCUUGCUGGUCAACGCACCUGUUUUCGAUGGCGUCGAAGCGUCGGGAGAACCUAUGUUUAAGGGCGUGCUCGAUGUGGUAAACCAAAAGAUACUGCGAUGGGAUACGAGCGACCCUGAAAAUGUGUCUGUUAGUGAAAUAAUAGAGGGCUCCCCGUAUUGGGGCGAGCUCGUCAAACUCAGAGAGUCGCUCGUUGAGACACUCAGCGAGUUUGACGAACAUUUGGUCGAGUACUUCCUGGACACUGCUGAGGGCGACUACAUGAAAAUUCCAUCUGAUCUGAUGAACGUGUCUAUCAGAAAAUGCCUGCUAGCUGGCUAUGCCACGCCCGUGUUGUGUGGUGCAUCCUUUCGCAACAUCGGCGUUCAACCUCUGCUUGACGCUGUUGUGAACUAUCUACCGUCACCUUUGGAAGCCAGAUGGCCGGAGUUCAAUUACGAGGUUCCUGUUGCCAUCGACAGGAAGAACGGCGCUAUCAUCAACAAGAAUAAAAAUCUGUGUGUUGCACAGGCCUUCAAAGUAAUCACUGAUCCUAUCAGAGGCAUCAUGAUAUAUGUUCGCGUUUACGCCGGCAGCUUGAACAGCGGGUUCUCUGCGUACAACUCAACUACCGGAGCAAAGUUUAAGAUGGGGAAACUAGUGGUUAUGCAUGCAAACCUAGCCGAGGAGAUCAAACAAUUAAGAUGUGGAGAGAUUGGCGUUCUCACAGGUUCAACAGUCUCGGAAAAUGUUAGAACAGGCGAUACCAUAAUUGCGCAUAACGUGAAGAAAGAUGGUCUUCGAUCAUUGGACAAAGUGAAAGAACUGGGGCUCAGAAUCAAUCCUAUUGAUACUCCGCCCCCAGUAUUCAGCGCUGCCAUCGAACCAAGGACACUAGGAAAUAAAAAACUCAUGGAAGAAUCUAUCGCUGCUCUCAUCAGAGAAGAUCCGAGUUUACAUAUAAGUGCUGACGAAGAAACGGGGCAAACGUUGUUGAGUGGGAUGGGUCAAUUGCAUCUUGAGAUAGCCAAAGACAGGCUUUUAAAUGAACUCAAUGCUGACGUUGAAGUUGGGAAAGUUAUGGUCUCUUUCAAAGAGACUCUAAAUUCGUGUACUGCCCUCAAGCAGAUAGAAACCGAAACUGGCUACCGGUUGUCAAUAGUCGUGGAGCCAUUGGAAGAUGCGGAGGCCACGAAAAAUGCUAGUGAGGACUGGCAUUCCCUCUCGACUGACAAUAACUUUCUGAUUGUGGAAAAGUCAGCCACAUACUCUGCCAGUAAUUGGCCCUUGCAGAUCUCUUACGAGCAGUUUGUUAACGCUUUAGCGUCGAGCAGUAUUGUUGCAUUGCAAAAAAACGGAAGGAUUGCAAACUUCCCGCUACACUCGUGCGCUGUUAGAGUGAAGAGAGACUGGGAAGUCCCUACUGAUACAGCAUCGGUUGCACAAGUGCUGACACUGUCUCGCUCGUUGAUUUUCGAAGCAUUCAAAGAGCUCAGCGACUCGAGUUUCGACAUUCUCGAGCCAAUUAUGAAUGUAAGCGUUGCUGUCAAGCAAGAAGAUAUGGGAAGCGUUCUUCAGGAUUUGACAGGAGCUCGCAAGGCGAAUAUUCUAUCCAUCGACGAUGAACAUACUUUGGACAGUAGUCAGGAUGCUGACAUAACGUUUCAGAAGCUUGCAGAUGAGCAGUAUUUGCCUGCGGACAACACGCUCAACAGAGCAAAUAUUUCAACUGGAGCCACUGUCAAUAAAGUUAUCCGAGGCAUGGUGCCUUUAAAAGAGAUGGUGUCAUACAUGAACAAGCUUCGAAGUUUAACCCAAGGAAGGGGCACUUACCACAUGUUUUAUCAUGGUAUGGAAAAAGUGUCGAAUGACCGUCUGGCGAGUAUUUUAGAAGAAUACUAA